AUGGUUGCUUUCAGGUUUACCACACCCAGGAGACUUAUACUUAAGUGUAUUACACCUGAAAUCCUCUGCAGUGCUGUUAACUACAGGGGAGGGGUUGGUGGCCUGGGCCCCUCUGCCGCGGGAUGGUGUCAGCACCAUAGUGUGCGCGGCAUGACUGUGGGACUGAACAAAGACGGUUGGAGAAAUAGUGCAAGAGGAGCUGUCACCAAGAUGCACCAGUGUCCCUACUGUCUUUAUUCUACUGAUAGGAAAGAUCAUUUGACUAAGCAUGUGCGAACACACACUGGAGAGAAACCGUUUGGUUGCCCUCACUGUCCUUAUCGUUCAGGGACAAAGAAUACUCUUAACACUCACAUCCGUGUGCAUACUGGAGAAAAACCUUAUUCUUGUUCCUAUUGUCCUUAUCGUGCUUCUCACAGGUUGUAG